ACAAUGAGCGCCAAAAAUCAUGGUGAUUACAGAACACCCAAGAAGCAAAAGAAACCGAGAAAACAGAAAUCCAUUGAGAAUCUAACCAACUCGGAGGAUGACUUUGCCGCCGACCUGGACACGGCGUUGGUGGUACAGGAUGAUGCAGGCGGAUCCGAAGAGGAGCAGUCCCAUCCAGUCACUCGACGCUCCGCACGCAAGCCCAGUCCUACCAAAAAGUAUCAGGCGUAUCAGCAGAAGAGCAAGGACCAGCACCAGGACAAAGAGCGCGAGCACAUUGUGGUCAACUAUGUGGAGUGCACCGAUGAGGAGAGCAACGGGGAAGAGCUGGAGGAGGUUGGCGACGGCGAGGCGGAACUCGUGGCCAGGCCCAUCAGGCCAGACCUGAACCUAAUCCAGUCAGAGCACAAUGUGGCCGGCACCAGUCUAUUCGGGUUCAACACGCCCAAAAAGCGAGAUGCCAUGGCUUUGGCAGCUCUCAAUGCCAUGCCGCGUACACCCAAGACGCCAAAGACGCCUCGCUUGGGCGUCAAGACGCCCGAUACCAAGCGAAAGAAGCCCACAGAGCAGCCAAAGACGCCGUCCCAUGUGCGCAGCCGUGUCAAGAAUCAGAUUGCCAAGAUUGUGGCCGACUCCGAUGAGGAUUUCUCUGGAGACGAGAGCGACUUUCGGCCCAGCGGCGAGGAGUCUUCGUCUAGCAGCAGUAGCAGCAGCAGUGAUGAGAACUCCUCGGACAACGAUGCCGCCGACGAUGAGCCCAAGACACCCUGCAAGACGCGCCGCGCGAUCGUCGUGCCCGUCCUGCCCAAGACUCCUUCAGCGGCUCGUCUCCGCCAGUCGGCGCGGGCCAAAAAGUCGAAUGAGUUUGUGCCAGAGAGCGAAGGCUACUUCCAUUCGCAUGCCAGCAGCAAGAUUCUCACCUCGGACCACACCCUGGAUCGACUGAAGAAUCCCCGGCUGGCCGCCGAUCGUCUGUUCAGCCUGCUCUCCGAAAUGAAAGUGUCUGCGGAGCACGAGACUGCCAUCAAUGCCAUCAUGGAGGAGUAUCGCUCGUACUUUCCCAAAUGGAUGUGCAUUCUAAACGAGGGAUUCAACAUCCUGCUUUACGGGCUCGGCUCCAAGCGGCAGCUGCUGCAGUCCUUCCACCACGAGGUCCUUGCCCGCCAGACGGUUCUGGUGGUAAAUGGCUUCUUUCCCAGUCUCACGAUCAAGGACAUGUUGGACAGCAUCACCAGUGAAAUACUGGACGCCGGCAUCAGCCCGACAAAUCCGCACGAAGCUGUGGACAUGAUCGAGGAGGAGUUCGCCCUGAUACCGGAGACGCAUCUCUUUCUGAUCGUGCACAACCUGGACGGUGCGAUGUUACGGAAUGUGAAGGCUCAGGCCAUACUGUCGCGGCUGGCGCGUGUGCCCAACAUCCAUCUGCUGGCUUCCAUCGACCACAUCAACACACCACUGCUGUGGGACCAGGGCAAGCUGAGCAACUUUAAUUUCUCCUGGUGGGACUGCACCACCAUGUUGCCCUACACGGACGAGACGGCCUUCGAGAACUCCCUGCUGGUGCAGAACUCUGGCGAGCUGGCUCUGUCCUCGAUGCGCAGUGUCUUCUGUUCGCUGACGACCAACUCGCGCGGCAUUUACAUGCUGAUUGUCAAGUACCAGCUGAAGAACAAGGGCAAUGCCCAGUACCAGGGUAUGCCCUUCAAGGAUCUUUACUCAAACUGCCGCGAGUCCUUUUUGGUUAGCUCGGAUCUGGCAUUGCGCGCCCAGCUCACGGAGUUCCUGGACCACAAGCUGGUCAAGUCGAAGCGCAGUGUCGAUGGCUCGGAGCAGCUAAACAUUCCCAUUGAUGGGGACCUCCUGCAACAGUUCCUGGAGGAACAGGAGAAGAAAUAGGAAUAGGCCGUCGCAUCAUUUUAGAACAUAUUAAUUUAUUAUCUAAUAUUGUUAAAUACAAUUACAAUUUUGCUUUUUAAAAAUGUCGUGUGUUGCUUUCACUUGUAUUGCCCAUUCGAAGUUACUUUAAUUUAUGGUAGAUUUCAAUUAGAUUUACGAUGAGUUCCUCUCACUCGGCUUUGCUACACAUUUAGAUUGACGCGCAUGCAUAAAAGUUGUAUCUGAUUUUGUUGGUGUCCGUUUCUUGCUUUGCUAGAUACAUGUAUACGAUGUAUGUAUAUAUUUUAGAUCAUAAGUUUUGAUUUUGUAUUUCCAAACCGAUCUACCCGCUGUUUCCGCUCCCCAUUCAAUUUCCUGCAGAGCAAAUAAUGGAUUGGCAUGGUUGGUAAAGCCCACUCUCAAUCGUGAUUCAACACUCAAACAGAGAGGGAAAGGUGAAACAAAUAGUCGUAUAGCAAACAUAUAGAUGCUCUUCCCGGAAUCCCUAUUCCUUGGCUAAUAUUAUACACUCACACGGCACAUACACGGAUUUAAAGCAUUCUUGUGCAGUCGAAACAAAAUGGAAUUGAUGCGACGACUAAGGCAAGAGGAGUUUUUCUAUAUACAUUUUCGGCUAAUGCAAUCGGAAGUACGAUAUUGAAUGGAAAGCAUUUGUAUUUGCAUUUUUCACUAUCAUUAUUGUUUGUUGUUGUUGUUGUUGUUCUUGUUCUUUUCUCUACAAUGUUGAUUCCUGAAUACCUGAAUUUGACACACUCCCACGAUCCCAGGAUCCCAGGAUCCUAGGAGUACUUAUGUGUUCUUACGAUUUGCAUUUUAGCAUAAAAAAUUGUCUCAAUUACUUUAAAGUUUACUUUAGUUUAGAUAAGCUGUUAUCACGUUUACUUUACUGUCUGUCACUUUAUUCGUUCGAUCUUGCUUGCAGUUGCAGUUUCUAUGGUAAGGAGCUACUAAUGGGAGGAUCUGCUGUAGCCAUCCGUCCGUCCUCCACCUCAGUCCCACCUCACAUUCGCUUGGAAUGCCACAAAAUGAAUGAAUGAAUUGAUGCGUUAUUGUUUUUUGUUUGUGGUUUUUAUCUGCUUACUAUACACAAAUUGCUACGGUUUGCUUUUAUUUUAUGAUAGUUUUAGUUUUUUGUUUUGUUUUUAAGAGUUUUGUACAACAAAUUAAUUACAUUUGCGCUUAAACGAAAAGAUAAAAGUUGUUCCGUUUAAAUUAUGAAAACAAACGUGUAAGACAGAAAAAGAGAAAAACAAGCAAAGAAGGUCUGAACAAGGUUCUGGUUUCCUUCUAGGGAUCCGAAAGGAGGAUGUUGGUGGGUGUAAAAGGGUGUGGUAGCGGUGGUAGCAUUGGGGGUAUGAUAUUUCGUUUUGCAAUGAGGAGAAGAGGAGCUCUUCUGAUGGACCUUUUCACACGGUAAACGCUUUAACGAUGGUAGGAAGUAGAGCUCCAUUUAGUGGAUUCAUACUGGGUUCUAAUGGUCUCUCCAGACUACACACUCCUCCGCCAAAGAAGGAGAGUGGGGUUUUGGAUAUGAGGUGAAAUUAAACCUUGAAUGAGAACGGAGAAAAUUGUUUCCGAGUUUACAUAUACACACACAAUAUAGUAUAAAUCAACUUCAUUAUCAUAUCCGUAUCAUUAUGCAUUACUCAAUUACAUACUCAUCAUUACACGUUAUUCGUUAUUCGUUACUCCACACAUUAGUCAUACUCAUCCUCAUCCUCAUCAUAUUCAUAUUCAUAUUCAUGAUCUCUCUCUCUCAUCGAAUAUACAUCACAAUCAAGGUGUACGCUUUGUAAUCGGUAAUCAUAAUUCGUUACAAUUAGAAUAAUAAUAAUAGUUGCGUUUUUCUCUCAUUGCAUUUUCUGUUUGCUUUUCCGUUUUUUUUUUGUUUUGUUUUUGUUUUGUUUGUUUGUUUAUUUCAUUUUUGAUGGAUUUCUUAAUCGCUCGUUUUACUCUUUUACUUUAUUUUAUAUUAUAUUAUAUUAUAUUUUCAACUUUCUUUUUGUGUUUCUGCUCUCUUUCUUUAUAUUACUUAGUACUUUUGUUGUUUGUUUCUUUUGUUUGUUGGACUUAAACGUAGAAUUAAUGGAUAAUUAUUACUCGUAAACAUUCUAAUCAUAGGAUCAUAAUCAUAAUUCAACAAAAUUAAAAUAAAAAUACAAUUAGAAUCAAGGUUUUAUGUUAAAAAAUGAAUUAAAUUACUCAAAAAUCGAAACAAUUUAGGGUACUGCCUGCUCCUGCUCCUGCUCCUGCUCCUCAUUUCCAUCAUAUUUCCAUCUUUCUUCAACUCUAACUCUAACUCCGUUUCC